AGAAAUACAGAAUAUCGUACCGACCUUGUAGUUAAUGUGCUCAGCAGACUGGUGUUUAAAUUAGAACAACCAUCCUUCCAAUUUGAGCCUAGCUAUUCCCUGGUGCAGAGUACUGGAAGUUGAUUCUUCUUUCCCCUUUGGCUGUGGACAGGAUGAUAAUUAGAAGACUAGUGCAUGGUUUUGCGCAGAGCACAUAGGCGGCGUUAACCUGGGGAGGGGGCAGACUAUUAACUGCAAAUUAGAAGCUGGCUGGAGUAUAGAUUAUUGAGGCUUUUUACUACAUUCUGAAAACUCGGAGGCACAGCAUCUUACAGAUGAAUGGCGUGGCUUUCUGCCUCGUUGGAAUUCCACCCUAUGUGGAGGCACAAACUAAAACUCAACGAGAUGAGAAAAAUCCCAACGAAAAUGCUAACAUGGUACAGGAUGAAAUAUUUUCGUGGCCUGGUCCAAAGACUCUGCUGCUACAGAAGAACUCUCAAGGUUUUGGAUUUACACUGAGGCACUUCAUUGUCUACCCUCCAGAAUCAACUUUGCAUCCGAGCUUUAAGGAUGAAGAAAAUGGAAAUGGAAAAGGUCAUCAGAAAAGUCGAGCAGAGCCUAUGGAUACCAUCUUUGUUAAAAGUGUAAAGGAAGGGGGAGCAGCAUAUCGUGCUGGUUUAUGUACAGGUGAUCGUAUUGUGAAGGUGAAUGCAGAAAGUGUAAUUGGCAAAACGUAUUCUCAAGUAAUAUCCCUAAUUCAGAACAGUGAGGAUGUGUUGGAACUUUCAGUAAUGCCCAAAGAUGAAGACAUUUUGCAGGUGGCCUACUCGCAAGAUGCUUAUCUGAAAGGCAAUGAUCCAUAUUCUGGUAGUGCUCAGCACAUACCAGAGCCUCCGCCUAUAUGUUAUCCUCGACAUUUGGCCAUGACCCAAACUGCAGAGCCUUUAUGGACAGAGUCUUCACGAGGCCGACAGAUCGACAAUAGGAUUUACAACACUGGCUCAGGUUCUGACAGGGGAUUCUACUCCAACCCAUCCUCACCUCCCGACAGUGUUACCACAACUAGUAGCAUAUGGUGCGAAGGAAGGGCGAAAGCACGAUCGUCAGAUAUUUUGGCUGAGAUUGGAAUAGCUCAUUCAAGUCAUAUGCAUCAUGUGGAGGAGUUACAGUAUGGGAUGAAGCAGAAAUCAGUCCUGUUGAGUGGAAUACCUAUUUCCACCUCUUCAAAUGCAGCCCAUGGUAGCUCAAUUACACAGGGCCCAAUGAGCAAUAAACAUGGUUCCAUUAUGACUGUGCAAGAUAGGUAUGGGGGACAUCCCAAAGAUUUUCCUUUUCCACUAGCUUCAAACCACAGCAUUUAUUCAGCUCUAAAGAAUAACAUUGAUCAGAGGAGUUACAUCAGUUCUGAGGGCAAAAUGAAAAAUGACUAUUUUAAUUCUGACAUUAAGAAGUCAUGGGAGCAACUUGGCAGCCCGAAGACAACCAAACAACAAUAUAACCUGCCCAGUUGGCGAUCAACACAAUUACCACGUCGAAGCUCCUCUGAAGAUCGCUGUUACUCUGCUAUGCCCCCAAAAUACAGAAGUUUCUCCCAGGACAGACUUGAGGAGACUUCAUUGCACAAACAUUGGCCUCACAGUGCUUCCCAGGACACUCUACUUUCCCCCAUGAAUGAAUCAUGGAGUUUGCGGACUCGAUCAGAAGAUUAUUUGGGGAAAUGUGACAAAUCUUUAGAGAAUUUAACAUGCGAUUCCUUUACAGCAGCUAGGGAUAGGUUGUUAUGGACACAUUCAAGGACUGGAGCAACAAAUGAUGGGAUUUCCAUGUCUGGCAGACAAGAACAAAUCUUUUGGCAACAGUAUAGACCAGCAGGCCAUUCAUCAGGAAAUACUGCAAUGCAUGGCCAGAAGAAUUUAUCCCAACAGACCUCGAGCAAAAUGAAUGCGUAUUACAAUAGUAGUAACUCUAGAGUGUCUAUUCCUCCUCAGCAACAAUGCAGGAACACAACUGGUAACGCUCAUUCCGUAAAGAGGAUAGAUGCUGUGCCUGUAGAUCAUCUGCCUGUCAGUAUUUCUCAAAACAAAACAUCUCAUCUUUCAAAUAGGGCAGUGUUUGGUUCUGCUUUGACUGCUCGUGCACCUAAGGUUGAUCGUUGUGCACCCUGUCAAGUACAGAGAAUUGACGUUCCCGUGGUUCAUGACCAAAGACUGACCAAUCAUGAUCGGCAGGAUGGUUUGUAUCAAAAACCAUCAGACAGGAACUCAAACAAGGGUGCAGUGCCUCAACAUGAGAUCCAACUAUUUGCUGUUGCAAAGCCAGGAACAUCCAAAAUCUCUGAAUGUAUCAGUGGUAUUCCUCAGGAGAUUGCACAGAAGGAACAGGAAACAUCACAAAUUAACGAAGCUGUAAUUUUAAGGCAAAAACCUCCUACAGGGCGUAGGAUACCACAUCCUGUCAGGCACCCAGCCUACAUGGUAGCUGUGGAUUCACCAGAACUGCCACCUGCAAAUUUGAUUCCAGCUGACAAAUCUGAAAAUGCAUCUUUGGAGCAAACAAAUGGAAAGCUGGUAAGAAGGGAUGCAAAAUCAUCAGAAGAUUCCUUGGCCUCAAUUCCAUAUAUAGAUGAGCCAACAAGCCCAAGUGUUGACCUGGUAGCAGGUCACAUCCCUGCUUCAUCUGUUGUUUCAAGUGGUCAGAAUUUUGCUCCAACAAUCAUCACUAGUCCUGCUUCUCCAACUUUCACCUUUCCCCCUGUUCACUCACGCCAUUACUCUCAGGAUUGCAGCAACAUAAAAGCCAGUCGACGAUCAUCCUAUCUUCUUGCCAUAACAACAGAAAGGUCAAAGUCUUGUGAUGAAGGACUGAAUACAUAUCGGGAUGAAGGAAAAGUGCACUCGAAAUUGCCGAAAAGGGUUCCUAGUCUGAAGCUGCUGCGGAGCUUUUUCACUGAUGGGUCCUUGGAUAACUUGGAAGAUACUGAAAACACAAGGUCUAAGCGACAUUCCACGUCCGAACUUUGUGAUGUGACUUUCAGUGACGUCAGAAAAGAAGGAUGGUUGUACUUUCGGCAGCUUGUCACAGAGAAGGGAAAGAGAGUUGUAAGCAGCAUUCGUUCUUGGAAAAAGGUGUAUGCUGUCCUGAGAUCACAUUCCCUAUACCUGUACAAGGAUAAAAGAGAUGCAGUGACUUAUGAUUGUGAGGAUGAACAGCCCAUUUGUAUUAAGGCCUGUUUGAUUGAUAUUUCAUACAGUGAGACUAAAAGGAAGAAUGUUUUCAGGCUGACUACAUCCGAUUUCUAUGAAUACCUAUUCCAAGCUGAAGAUAGAGAUGAUAUGUUGAACUGGAUUAAAAUCAUCCAAGAGAAUAGUAAAACAGAGGGAGAAGACACAAGUUCAAGACUGAUCGAAGUAAAAUUAAAAGAAUACAGAAACCAGAGUCCCGCAAAUAACAAGUCUGAUUCUUCGCCAAAGGGAUCUCGUCACCAUGUCACUCGACGUCCACGAUCUCCCAGGCAAGAUAAUGUGAACAAAGAUGAAAGUAGUCUUUCCAAGGACAAGAGUUCUUGGUUGAACAUAAUGAAGAAAACCAAAAAAACAGUUUCAGGAGCAGCUUUUGGUGUUCGAUUAGAAGAGUGUCAACCUGGUAUAAAUAACAAGUUUAUACCACUAAUAGUGGAGGUAUGUUGUAAAUUAGUGGAGGAGAAAGGUCUGGAGUACACUGGGAUCUAUAGGGUACCAGGGAACAAUGCCAUGGUCUCCAGCCUACAAGAACAACUGAAUAAGGGAAUGACUGAUCUAAAUACCUCAGAAGAAAAAUGGCAGGACUUGAAUGUGAUUAGCAGCUUGCUUAAACUGUUCUUCCGAAAGCUUCCUGAACCUCUGUUUACAGAUGAUAAAUACAAUGAUUUCAUUGAAACCAACAGACUGGAGAAUGCGACAGAAAGGCUUCAAAAAUUUAAGAAACUGCUUCGGAAAUUACCAGAAAAUUAUUUUGAAACCUUGAAGUUCCUCACAGGACACCUGAAGACUGUAGCGGAUCACUCGGAAAAGAACAAGAUGGAGCCGCGGAAUUUAGCAUUGGUAUUUGGUCCUACCCUAGUCAGAACAUCAGAAGACAAAAUGAUUGACAUGGUGACGCACAUGCAAGAUCGGUACAAAAUAAUUGAAACCUUAAUACAGCAUUAUGAUUGGUUUUUUAAUGAAGACAGGGACAUGGAUGAAAAGGCUCCAGUUGACCAUGGGGGUAAUACAGAAUUACAGCCAGUACCAAACAUAGACCAUCUGCUGUCAAACAUUGGGAGAACUGGAGGAGCACCAGGGGAUAUCUCAGAUUCAACUACAAGUGAUUCAGCAAAGUCUAAGGGAUCAUGGGGAUCCAGAAAGGACCUGUACAACAAGGAGCUGGUGAUGUCAAUCUUUGCAGCGGCCAACCGUAAGAGAAAAAAGCAAAAAGAGGCAAAGGUGCUUGAGAGUAGCACAGAUGAUGAUUCAGAACAUGAACCUAUUAAGGCUAUUAACAAGGAAGGAUCAGUAGACAAAACAGGAGCAGACAGACAGAAAGAUGCAACUGAACAGAAGGAGAGACAAUUGGCAAAUACCAGGAGCAGAGGUGUACAGCAAAUUCGUCAACCUAUUGCUAAUAAAGAACUUCAAAAGAUGUCAGGAGAAUCUGAUAAUUCCAAACAGAACCAUAUUCAGAGAUCCCAGUGGGAGAGUGUUGAUGAGGCCACUCUAAACUCUUCAUCUCCACAAUGUAGUCCAUCCUCAGUUGGUCUUGAAUGUUCAUUUAAAGAAGGAACCUCCCUCAAAUUAUUGGAUUCAGAAGGAAGAAACAGUACAGGUAGCCAGACAACUAUUGUAAGUCCUCAGUCUCACAAUAAUAGUGAAAUAUUUUCCAGAAAUUCCAAGCUGAAAAUGUGGCAGAUGGAGCACAGAGAGACAAUUCCCACUGAUGCUAGCUCCGUUGUUUCAGGAUAUUCGACAAUUUCAUCCACAGUAACAACCCUAGAUCACAACUUCAGUUCUGAGGUACAAUCGAUUGCAGAAAGCAGGGGUGAUGAAGCUGAUGAUGAAAGAAGUGAGCUCAUCAGUGAGUGUGGAGGCCCCAUUGAAACAGACAAUGAAAGUGGCUAUCUUACACGGACACUGCCAGGCAAGGCCUCGCACUCACAGCAGGAAAGAGGCAGGUUUUGUCGCCGUGAGUCGGAUAGCAACACAAGCUCUGACAAAGAAGGGAUUCCAGCACACAAGCUCAACAGUAGACCAUCUUUUAAUUCUCACAGAUUAAUCCAGUGCGAUACAUUGGCUAGAAAGAAGUUGACCAAACCAAAAACAGAACAUGAACUUAAUGCAAAAAUCAAUGAAGGUAAUGAGUCCCCAGUGGUAAUAGAUCUGUUUGAUAAUUUGAAUUAUCCCAAUCCCACCAACAAACAUAAUAUUCAUAAGUAUGACCCUGACAAAAAUGAUGUAACCCAAACAUCAAAACGAGCGCUGACUGAUCACACGAAACUGCGAUUGAAAACUUCUGCAGAUGAUAUGUUUGGAGUAGGGCUGAGAAAACAGAACUCUCCAGAGACCAGGAGAAAGAAGAACAUUAGGAGGAGACACACAGUAGUGGUGCAGAAUGACUUAUCAGAGUUUCACUUUAGAGAAUGCAAGGAUAAACCACUGGAAAGUAAAGACAGUGGCCACAGGUCGGGCAAACCACCCACCAUGCAUCAGUUUGAGCAAAAUGUUGAUUUGAGGGAAACUUCGGAUACUGGAGGAAAUGUACAACCAAUUGAUUUAGAAUCAAAAAAUUGUUUGAUUCACCAGACUGGUAGUUUACAUCCUAAACAGCCAGGACCCAAUAAUAAGCAUUCAAAUAGCAAUAACAAUUCAGAAUGUCAGCACCCUACUUCACUGUCAUCCCCAUCAACUGGCUUGACAUCAGGCCAAGCUAGAGACAGUGACUCAAAUUCUGCCAAGUCUGUAACAGACACAAAGGCUCAGAAAUAUGCACCCUCCUCUCGAUUCCAUCAGUACCUCUGAUUGAAAUUAGUUUAGGCUAAAAUAUCAGGAGCUAGGCCAAUUAAUGGGUUUGUCUUUUUCCCCAAUUAACAAGUUUUUUAAAAAAAUGCCUUCUCCUUGAGAGAUAAGCUUAAAACCUAGCAUUCCAAGUUAAAGUAGCAGUAAUUACUGCACUUUUACUAUCUUCCCUCAUUCAAACGAUCUCCACUUUGUGAAAUAUUGUCUUUCUGUUGCUUUGAAUUUUUCUAAUUUUCACUCUUUUCCUCUGAAGAAAUAUGCUAAAGAGACAUUCAAAAUACUCCUUUUUUUAAAAAAAGUAAAGCACUAUUUGUAAAUAACAGGUAAUUAUUUCAAAAUGACUUCAAUAAAAAAUCUUUUUCAUUAAGAAUAGUUUCUGCAGGGCCUUGAAUGAUCUCUUGCUGUCACUGAAACAAAUGCCAGUAAAAAAUGACCUUUUUCAGUUCCCUACAUAGUUUCUGGGGAGAUUUUACUGGCUUCCUUUCACAGGCUUAGAGAGAGCGACUUUCCAUCUGAAAGUUAAGAAUUCUGAUAUAAUUCUUUCUGCAGACAUCAGACCUAUAUUCACAAGUGGCUGAUUGGAAUUUUUAAGUGACCUUUGCAAAAAUCAAGAAAUGCAAACUAAAAACACAGGUUAUACUCCAACUAAGUCAGAAGUCACACAACACCAGCAAAUUAAACUAGAGACCCAUAAGUUAACUAUUCUGGUGAAGGACCUUUAACCAAACAUUAACUUAUUUUUGCUUUUAGGUGCUGACAUAACUAUGGGCUAUAGUGGAGCAAUGUGGAUUUGGGCUAAAAAAAGCAAAUGAUAGUAAAUUGGUUGUAUGUAGUUACUGGUUGGUGCAGUUUAGGUGUUUUUAGAAACUAACAUUUUGAUCAUGCUUUUAUAGUUAGUAUGAAAGCAACCAUUUUUUUGAACUUGCUUUUCCUUCUAUUAUCAAUCGGUUUUAAUUUUAAAAAUCUCAGUUUUGGUUGCUCAGUUUAACAUGGUUGAUCUGGAAUUCACUGCAGUUGUCUUUCUAGGGUGUAUCCUGCUCAAUACAAAGUAUGUUUCACUUGUUUUGCAUAUUUUGCAAGUAGAACUUGUUAUCUCUCAGUUUCAGUUAACAAAAAGAAAGAAAAGGAAGUGUGAUACAUGGUUAAACUUCUUUCUAGCAAGAAAAACUAAUUAACAAAAUAGCAUCACAUAACAAUUAUAGGCAAAUGUAACUUUCCUUUCACUGAACUGUAGUAGCAUACAGCUAUUUCUCAGUGAAAUCUUUGUCAUAUUAUCCUGUAAUUCCUACUCUCUUGAUUUGGCUCUAAAGUUAGCACUUCCUACUAGAAUUGCUGUGAUUGAAACUUGCUGAGUGGGGCACAAAUCCAAAUGUCCUUUCACUGAAUUUAAAUAUUGACAGAAUUUGAUACUUAUUUGCCAAAUAUUUUAUCAUUUUUUCCACUUCACGUUCUUGCAUUUUGCCCUUUCUGGAUACCAUCCUUGACUGAGAAUUGGUGAAGGUGGCCAGAUUGCAGCCUUGUGCUGAUCUGUUUGCUGUGAGCACUUUAAGAACAACCUAGGGUGUGUUUAAUAAUCCCAAAAAGGAAUCUUGGGUGGAGGUCCACUCUGUUCAAUUGCUGGAUUUCCAUUGAGGAUUUUCUCUGAAUUUGAGAGAAUGUAGAUUAAAGAAGCAAUCAGAAUAAAACCAUGUUUGACUGGCUUAAAUGUCCCUCAUCUAAGAACCAAUUGUGUCAGAAAGCCAUCCUUAAUUAACUAGUUCAACCAGAAAUCAAAAUACGUGUAACCGUGAGCGCUUAGCAAAAAUGUCAACAGUAAGUGAUUUUUAGUGCUUGAGGCUGGUAACUGGUUACUGGUAUGUUAAAUGGGGUGAAGCACUAGGCCAGUAAGUUCCUUGCAGCUGCAUCCACCCUGCUGCCAUAACUUCAUUAGAAAUGUGGUAUAAAUCCUGUCAUUUCCAAAAUGGGGGUUUUACUGCACUUCCACAGGAAUUGCAGGGUGCAACAAGCGCAGCGGGGGAGCGGGGCGAAUUCCAAAUCCAUGCAUAAUUUUGAAGAUAAGGUUCAUGAUACUUGAAGUUGUCCAAUCCCCUCCUUUAUUUUUGACCCUCAGAAAAUUAGUGAAUUCAUGGUUGUGGACAGAUCAGAUAGUUGACAGCGCUUAAUUUGUUUUAAAUAUUUGCUACAGAAUUCAGUCAUGGAACUCUCAUCAACAGGGUACUUGAUUAAAGUUUUCUAACCUAUCCAAGAAUAGGUUUUGCUUAUUACAAUUUAACAUUCUACUAUUCCAUAACAGAUUUAAUUUAUAUUUAGUUAUUAAGAAAUCAAUUUGUAAAAAGGCUAAACCUGUUCUCUUAAAACAAGUAACUAUAUAAUUUUCUACAACUAAUGCACUAAUCACAGAAUUAUUUAUAAUUUGUAUUUAUUUAUUAAAGAUUCAAUUCCCAAUCUAACAAGAUAACAUAACAUUUUGUGACUUAACUAAAAUGCCAUUCUUGCAGUUGCUAUCUCUAUGUUAAAAUAUUUGAUAAAUUGUCUUUAUUAGUGAGAGAAGUAUUUCAUGAAUUGUGCAUCUUUUUAUCAUUAUAACAGAAUGGUCCCAGUAUGUGAUGUUGAAUUUUGAUGUAAAUAUGAUUUGAAACAGAUUUUAAAACAUUUGUCAAAUAGUUUUUCAUAGAUUCAGUGCUGCUUUAGCAUAGAUUUUUAGUGGUAUUUUACUGUUUGAUAUGUAAAACAUAUAGUAUGAAUUUGAACAUAAAAUUUGAUAUUAAUCACAAUACGAUAAACUGAGGUAGUACUUAGUGUCCAGUACACCCUGCACCUUUAAAGGGACAGUGUAGUAUCAUGGAGUUCACAUCAAUUCUACAUGCAGUCUGUAGUCACAACAGCGUUCAAAAAGGUCCUCUGAUAUUCUCCAGAUGGUUAAUCCCAUCAGUAGCUUUGGUUGAGAAUGGUCUCUGGCUUGAUCCUGGUCUUUAUUCUUGACUUUGCUGAGCUGAUUGAUCUCAGUCAGGUGCAGGAAUGCCAGUUAACAUUGGCUUUGCACACCAAAAAUAGCUGUCCAUUGAAACAUCUAUACACCAAAACUGGUCUGUCCUUUCUGGAACAUUAAUCAGGCAGUCAAAGUGCGGCUGGGGAGGUUUUGGUGGACCAGAUGAUAUAAUAAAGAAAUAAAAAAUGAUUUUGUUAAGGGACCUGUACAAAAAAGAAUUCAGAUUAGUUUUGGAAAUGUAAUUUCCAUAGAGUCCUUUUACAUUUUUCACCCAUUUUUGCUUUUCACCAUAAACAUUCCACAUAUUUUCUGCUCUUCAACCAGUUAGAAAUAACAUUUAGUUAACUUGCACUUAUAAGUUUAAUAUCUUGGUCACUUGUCAUGCUGAUGUCACCUUUGCAUAUCACAGGAUCACAUGAAUAUAGUUAUAGUUGCACUAAUUCACACAUGAGAGUGGGGUCGUGUUUGGCUUUGUGCUUUGGAGAGAUUUUCAGUUGAACACCAUAGAAGUUCAUAGGCCACAGAUAAACUUAACGGCUGCCUCAAGUUGCUGAUAGGAGCAGAUCUUGGUGUUUUAAAAUUUAUUCCAAAAUGAGGUAACUGAUAAGAUUAGAUUUUUCUAAACUUGCAACACACAAAAUUCAAUAGGUCAAAUAAUUAGUCCAUAAUGAAAGAGUAAUUUUACCCUGGUUUUAUGGGACAGCUGCCUGUUUCCUGUCAAUUAUAGGUUGGAUUCCCCAGUUGAACACAGCGCAAUUAAGUUGUAUAUUCUGUCACAUGUUAAAUAAAAUGUGGGGCAAUGUGGCUAAUAACUCAGUUAAUAGAUAAUUUAGACUAACUCCAAAUUCUGCCAAAACAGCAUGGUUCCAUGGCUCAGACAGUUAGCAACUGCAUCCAAAGUCAACAUUGCUUUUUUCACAGGCUGCUCAGUACUUUUGAAACAAAUGGCAAAGGUUCUGUAUUGUGUCCCUGACUUGAGCGUUCUUAUUAUCUGGCAGCAACCCUUUAAUUCCCUAACCCCAUUCACACCAUCAACCAAAGAAAGAGAUAAGGAUACAUGUACUUAACUUGAAACUUCACCCAAUACUGUUCAUGCACUUCACUCACAAGGUAGAUGAAACAUUCAGCCCAUUUUAGUUCAUACACUCAGAAAGAAUCUACAGUCCCUCAUCCUCUUUGAUCCCUACCCACUGCAGCAUAUUGUUCCAUUGUAACACUCUUCAAGAUUAUGGAUUCAAGCUCCUUUGCAGGACUUGUCUGAUUUACUUCAGUGCUACAACUAAUUGAUAUGCCAAUUUCCAUGGACCAUCACCUAGUGGACACACCUAGACAAUACUAGUACUGUUUGUCUUUCUGCAAGCAUGUGAGGGUUUUGUACCAAGGCCUCACCAGUGCAGAUUAGCUGAGAGGGAGCCCAGAAUUGGCCUGAACCUGAAAUAAAAACAAAAAUUGCUGGAAAAACUCAGGUGUGGCAGCAUCUGUGAAAAGAGAAAAAGAGUUAAUGUUUCGAGCCUAGUGAUCCUUCUUUAGAACUACAAUUAAUGCUGCUUUCUUUCCAUAGAUGUUGCCAGACCUGCUGAGUUUCUCCAGCAAUUUCAGUUUUUGUUUUACGUCUCCAGCAUCUGCAGUUGUUUAUUUUGUUUUACUGUCCUGAACCUGGUUUAGUUAGGACGACUCUCUGCCGUAUCAAAUGUUGUAAUUAAUCGAUUGGCUACUUGUUCUUUUAUUUACAAACCACAUUUACCAUUUACAGUUAAUAAAUCUAGCAGUUCUUCCCUUUUCUAAUUUCACGCUUUGAAAGCUUUUCUAUUAAAUUUCAGGGGGAAGGGAUGAACAGUUCAUGUACACCUGCAUAUAUUUUAGAUUUCUGAUGUCUUGAGUUUGGCAAUCAUCUAAAUUUCAAAUAUUUUGCUGUUACUACUUAACAUAAUGCAAUGACACUAAAUUCCUAAGAGCAUAAGGGCUUGGAGUAGGCCAAAUGUCCCCUCAAGCUAGCUCUGUCAUUAUAUAAAAUCAUGGCUGAUCUGAUACUGUAUAUCAUAAACAUUAUUACUGGCAUCACUACAGUCAUUGCUAAACUUGCAGUUAGUUGGGGAGAAAUAAUAAACUAUUGUGUAAACUGGCUCCUGAUGCUUUUGGCUUGUUACAGUUGAGGCUAUAUAAUUUUGUAUGGUUUUGUAUUGAAUAUUGAUCAUUUAACCUAUGUGUGUAUAUAUAAAAUAUAUAAUAUAUUUUUGUUUGCAUUGUUUACAUUAGUGCUUCUGUGCACUUUUUUGUUUCUACUGUUACUUGAAUUUUUAAUUUUCGAUACUUUUGCUCCACAGCUUGCUCAGGUCGAAUUAAAAACUCAGUAACAAUCCUUAAAAUGCAUUUUUCAAAACCUUUUAACUAGAACCAGAAGUGAACUCACUUUAAUGUCAUGUUUCUGCAUUAAAAGCCACUAAAUUACCAACAGAUAUUUUGCAUAAGGUCUAUGAAAUGUAGUCACAUAAUAACUCAGGUGCCUGGCAUUGAAAAAUAUAUAAUAAAGAAUAAGCAAUGGUAGUGUCCCCCUGAGCCAGGAGGCCCAUGUUCAAGUUUCUCCUGCAGAGAUGUGUAAUAACAUCACUGAACAGGUUGAUUAGAAAAUAUAAAGGAUGGGCAGAUAGAUAAAGGUUUUGGAAGUAGAGUAAUGGGUAUUCUUAUUAAGAGAAAUGGCAACCCCAUAUUCUACAUCAGAGAGUUUCUGGAAAUUUGAUUAACAGCAUUGAGUCACUCAUCUUUGAUUUAACAAAAUGAUAACUUUAGCUGGAUUCAAACUCUACUGUGUAAACCAGCCUAAAUAUUAUGAUUCCCCUUGUCUCCUGUAUCUCAAAAAUGAAAAAUACCUGUUACUUUAUUAGUUAUGUGAAAUAACAUUGAGUUCAAUGCAAUCUGAAAUUGCUGUACCGUGUAAUUUGGUGCUUUUGCAUACAUGGUGCAUUAAGAUGGCAAAUAGACCAUUUUGAUGCUGAACAUUUUAUUGGUACUGCAUGCAGAAAUUCCUUAGAUAAUAGAUAGUAUUUCCCCUAAGCAUUAAAUAAGUGCAAGAUCAUGGUCCGUUCUUGUAGAAACAUGGCUUUAAAUGAAGAUCGCAUCUUUAACCAAUGGUGCCAGAUUUAAAAACAUUGUGCUGAACCCUUGCUUCAUAACUGUUUAUUCUAAAAUAUUAUAUGUAUUAAGAUCCACUUCCAAAAUGAUCAACGUUUGCCAAAAACUAUCAAUAAAUAUGAAUAUUUCUCCGAUGACAUCAUCUAAAAAAUACCUUGUGAAUGUCUAUGAAAUUGAACAUUACUCCACGAUGUGCAAAUGCACCUUAAACAGUCAUUUUAAUAUGGUAUUAAGUUUGAUUUGUAAUCUGUAAUUGUAGUUAGCUAUUUUUGUUUUAUUUACUUUUCCCUGGAAAGUGCCUCAUGUUUUCAAGUCAUUUCUUAACAAGGGUCUGUUUUCAGACUCCAUGGGAUUUAUGUUAAUAUAACUUAGUAAUUUUUAAAAAAAAUUAAAUAUAAAUGUUACCUAGCUGUAGUUUUUUUUUUCAAUAUAGUUCUAAAUAAAUUGCAUUUUGCUUUCCAUGAACUAUGCUGGAAUAAGCCUGGACAGAGCUGUGUGUGGCACAUCUGUCGUGCUAUUUGCCUAUCACACACAUCUGUGCUAAUGACUGGUGUUUUGUGUUAUCCUAACAUGGGCUCUGAAUGGUCCAAAAUCCAGUACCAAAUUCAACCACCUUGAUCCUGAGCAUCUGGAUUGAAACCACAUGAAGGAGAAGAUUGGGGUCAAUGGGAAGGGGUAAGACCCUUAGCAUUGAGGCAGGGAAUAAAAUACUGAUCAUCCAACCCCUGGUUAAAGGAGCACUGUCAAAAGAAACUUUAUAGCACUCCAAAAAGGAAAUUAAUAAGACCUGAUACCCAAAGGGAAAUGCUUUAAGCCAGACUUUUCCAGCUUGUAUUAUUAUUUGUUUUAUGUUGCUGUUUACCUACAGUAUUGAGAUUGUUUGACAGGCAAGCAUUUCAGAGCUUCCAUUUAAAAAAAAAAAUUAGGCAUUCCAAUGGAACGUUGAACAAAGCUGUCAACAUGAACUUUCUCCAUAUACAAUGUGCAGUUCAAUGAAUUAUGCAAACUUGCUGUAAAGUUAACUGCUUAUUUUGUAAAUAUGUUCUCGAAUGUCAACCCUGACAAAAGCCAUGUAACAUAGAUAUAUAAAUUGAUUUUUCCUCUUUGCCAACUGGCCAUAAAAGAACUAUGUGAUAUUGUUAGAUUCUGCAUGAACUUCUCAAAGUUUACAACUGUAAAUGUAUAUGCAAAAGAAGAUGCUUUAAAUAAUACACCAUCCUGUUUUUUAAAAACGGAAAUAAACUGACUUCCCCUCCAA